AUGAAUUUUUAGUUCAUCAAGCCAAAAUAUUUUGGCGCGCAUUUCUUUCAACAAAUUAUCACGUAAUUUUUUAAAAGUUCUUUUAUUUAUAUUUCUUGAGGAGUAUUAUUUAAUUGAUGAAUUUUUAGAAUCGGUCUUUUAGAAUGUUUAAUUUGAAUUCUAAUUUGUUAUCUGGAUCUACUUCAUGGGAUACUAAUUAUGCGCGGACAUAUUUACAAAUUUCAAAAGAUCAGCUUGAGAAGAUAAAUAAAAUUCCUGGAUGGUCAAAAACUGUUCCUGAAAAUGAAAAGACUUCAGAAAAUGUUGAAAAACAGUUGACUCAACAAACUUCAGCAGAAAACAUUCCGACUUCUUUUACAAAUAUUUCCAUAAAAGAUGAUAGUAAUUUAAAAAUUCAAAAUCGUAAUUCAGAUCUGCAAUCAAAGGUACAAUCUAAAUCUGAGAAAGAAAUUUUUUUGAAAAAUUUUUCUUUAUCACCAUUGAAAAAGAAUAAUACAUCUGCAUAUUCAUUGAAACGUUCAAGUUCGUUACCUGAUAUGCACCAGGAAUUACAGUCUUUUAAUGAACCAGAGGGAUUUUCCAGAAAAAGAACACACUCUAUAGGAAAAGACAUUUCAAGUUCUAAACUUCAACUUCGGUUUAAAAAAAAUCUUUUGAAAGAAACCUAUACAGUUCCUUUAAUUUCUGAUGAUGGUGUAAAUCCUGAUAAACGUUUUGGAAUUGACAGCCAUAAAUCUUUUUCUUGUCCUUUAAAACAAUCAAAUGAAACAUCAAAACAAAAACGGUUCAAGUCAUUGGAUGAUAAUAUUUUAAAUCACAUAUAUCUAAAAGAAAUUAUGACAUGUGAGAUCAAAUCAGAUACUGGCCCACGUUCUUCAAAUGGCGCAGUUCAAGCUGUAUUAGAGCAGGAAAGGAAUUCAUUUGAAAAAAGGCUUUUGCUGCUAGAGAAAAGAUUUUCUCCAUCCAAAGAAAUGAGCACAUCGUCAUUUAAUGCUAGAUUUAUAAACGUAGAAAAUUCAAAUUUCGAAAAAUUAUUUCGGAAUGCUGAAGAAAUUGGUGAAAUCGUGACGAUUAAAGACAGGCCUGAUUUAUUUGAAAACUUAACAGACAAGGUACAAAAUUCUUCAGUGUCCAAGAGUCAAUCUGUUGAACUGAAAGCUGACUCACAACCAUUUAAUGAAAAAAGUGAUGCAUCUGAUAAAGAUAGAGCUACUAAUAUUUCAAAAACUGCCAUUUCUAAUUUUGACAGCUUUCUUUCACCUGAAAUUCCUUGUGGACAACCUGUUCCAACUGAAGUCCCUUCUCAAUCUGAGCUGUUUCCAUCACAAGAAUCAGCUAAAUUGCAUUCUGCAGCUAAACUGCAACCAGUCCCAUGUGGACAACCUCUACCAAUGGAAGUUCCUACUGCAACUGAACCAGUUCCAUCACAAAAAGUAGCUAAGUUAAACACACCAAGUAAAUCACAAAAUUCAAAAUUUUUAGAUAACAAAAUGGUGGCAGAAAAAACAAGUGGUACAUUCAGUGUAUUCUCAGCCAGUUCAAAUGAGAAAGCCUCAGACUUAGUUUCUAGUAAAGAAUUGGUAACAAAGAGGAAACGUAGGAACAGAAGUGAAAAAUCAUCAAAAAAAUUGGAUGCAAAAAGAAUUAAAAGAAUAGACAUUCAGUUUUCAUCUGUACAAAUGAAUACUAUGUUAGAGAUUAUGAAGCUGUUUCACACAGAAGUUUAAACUUUUAUAUUUACAAAUGGAAAUUUAAUUCAAUAUGUAUUUAAAAUUAUGUAAAAGGAACUCUCUGACCAGUCCUUUCUUAUGAAUAAAUAUCAAAUGAUUA